AUGAAGGCCCUAAUUCUUGUCGGCGGUUUUGGUACCCGCCUUCGCCCUCUCACCCUCACUAUGCCGAAGCCGCUGGUUGAGUUCUGCAACAAGCGGAUGAUCCUGCACCAGAUCGAGGCUCUGGCCGAUGCUGGUGUUACCGACAUCGUCUUGGCCGUCAACUACCGGCCUGAGAUUAUGGAGAAGUAUCUCGCUGAGUACGAGAAGCAAUUCGGUAUCAACAUCACCAUUUCUAUCGAGAGCGAACCGCUAGGUACGGCUGGUCCCCUGAAGCUCGCCGAGCAUGUUCUGCGGAAGGACGACUCGCCAUUCUUCGUGCUCAAUUCCGACAUCACAUGCGAGUACCCGUUCAAGGAGCUGGCUGCCUUCCACAAGUCGCACGGCGACGAGGGCACCAUUGUUGUGACCAAGGUGGAGGAGCCGUCCAAGUACGGUGUCGUGGUGCACAAGCCAGGCCACCCGUCCAAAAUCGACCGCUUCGUCGAGAAGCCCGUAGAGUUCGUGGGCAACCGCAUCAAUGCUGGUAUUUACAUCCUCAACACAUCGGUGCUCGACCGCAUCGAGCUGCGCCCGACCUCGAUCGAACAGGAGACCUUCCCGGCAAUGGUUCGCGAUGGGCAACUACACUCGUUUGACCUUGAGGGCUACUGGAUGGACGUCGGCCAGCCUAAGGACUUCCUGACGGGCACUUGUCUGUACUUGACGUCGCUCGCCAAGAAGGGCUCCCCGUUGCUGACGCCACCGACGGAGCCCUUCGUCUAUGGAGGCAACGUCAUGAUCGACCCCUCGGCCAAGAUCGGGAAGAACUGCAAGAUCGGUCCCAAUGUAGUUAUUGGCCCCGAUGUAGUCGUUGGCGACGGUGUGCGCCUGCAGCGCUGUGUGCUGCUGGCCGGCUCUAAGGUCAAGGACCACGCCUGGGUCAAGAGUACCAUUGUUGGCUGGAACAGCACCGUCGGCAGGUGGGCGCGCCUUGAGAACGUGACUGUUCUCGGCGACGACGUCACCAUUGCCGAUGAGGUGUACGUCAACGGCGGUAGCAUUCUGCCCCACAAGACCAUCAAACAGAAUGUCGACUCGCCCGCCAUUAUCAUGUAA